UGGGAAACAUACAGUGUGCAAGUCUCCAUUGGCUUUUUUGAUGACUUCCUGAAUCCACAUGGGACUGGCGCUGCGGGUGAGAGGUCAAUUGUUGACUUCCAUACAUAAAGUAAUAUUAUGCUGCGGCAUCUCAGGACAACGUGACCCUCUUCGGAUCACCUUCAUUAGCAAGUUGAAGCGACUCGGAGAGCAAGACAGUCGCACGGGAGGGCCGGGAUUGUACCCACGGUGUGCACAGACUACGUUUCUAGCUGCACCAUCUCCAACUCCGGCUACAGCUUGACGGUAGUACGGGGAGCCCUCAGCUUGUCCACUGCGGGUGACUCCUCGACCAUGCGACAGUGGUGCCUUCCUGCUGUGGCUCCACGCGCUGAACCGCUCCCAACGGGCCGAUUAUCACCUCAAAUCUCAGAUGUCAGGAUGGAGUGUUGUGAUGUGGAGCCACGUUAUACCAUCGAACAGAUUGACCUGCUCCAACGACUAAGGCUGUCAGGGAUGACCAAACCUCAAAUCAUUCAAGCCCUGGAGUCUUUAGAGAGACUUGAUCCAGACCAUCAUACCCCAUACUGCAACAAUCACUCAACCCCACCUAGUGCUCCUACCUCUGCAGCCCCUGCUGCCCCAUCUUCCUCCUCUUCCUCCUCUUCUCUUACCUCAGCUACCACACAAACGCCUGUUAUGGAUGCUGCAUUAUCACCUAGCAACAGCUACGAUGCCUCGCCCCCGCCCAUGUACACACCCAGUGGAGUUCAGAGGUCGUUCAUUUAUGAAUUGGCAGAAGAAGACUGGGAUCUGGAGGAGAAAGUGGAGGAAUACAUGAGGAGGGACAGUAACCUUGUGAAAGAAGAGAUAAAGACAUUUCUCAAUAACAGAAGGAUCUCACAGGCAAUUGUUGGACAAGUCACAGGUAUCAGUCAGAGCUACAUCUCCCAGUGGCUUCUGCAGCAAGGCCUGGAGAUGAGCGACUCCAAACGCAGGACAUUCUAUCGUUGGUACCUGCUGGAGCGUAACAGUCCAGGAAUCAGAUGGGGUGAAAACCAGCAUGCUCAGGUCCACAGGAACAGGACUGACAUGCCCUGGAACAAGCAAAGAGAACUGCUGAUGCACCUCCUCCCCUGGUACUCCGCUCACCAAUCUCAGUCAGGGGCCACUUUGUCCAUGCGCUCACUGGUUAAAGAAGAGCCCGAUUGGAGGUUAACUGGAAGUCCCGGAGACAGGGCAGUGGUUGGGCCUUUUAGACUGCGGAGGGGGAGUCGCUUCACCUGGAGAAAAGAGUGCCAGUCAGUCAUGGAGAGUUUCUUUAUAGAGAAUCAGUAUCCUGAUGAGGCCAAGAGAGAGGAAAUCGCCAAUGCCUGUAAUGCUGUCAUUCAAAAACCUGGAUGCAAACUGUCAGAGUUUGAACGAGUCACUGCUCUCAAAGUGUACAACUGGUUUGCCAAUCGGAGGAAGGAGAUGAAGAGACGUGCCAACAUAGAGGCUGCCAUACUAGAGAGCCAUGGAAUAGAGGUGCCCAGCCCCAGCUGCCACUCAAACGGCGAAGAGGUUGAGACUCAAGAUUUUGGAGAUCAAGUUAUGAUCCAGCGGUUCUCUGAGCAGGAGGAACUCUCUCAGAGAAAGCACACUGAACCAAUGUUACCUGCUGUGGAAGCGGUGUCUCUUCCAAGCCCUCCUUCUCAAGUUGUAGAGCAGAAGCUGGAUCAAUCAAAAAGGGAGGCUACUGAUGAGGACUAACCAAUGAGCAGAGUCUUAUUUUUGUUCCAAAGUGGCUUCAAACGGUUGUUGUCAGUCAGGCCUGACACUAAAUUCUCUGGUGCCUCUUGUGGUAGGAAGGCCACUGUAUGUAUCUACAGUAAUCGCGCUUGUAGUAAUGGCAAUAUUUAUCCCUAUACAGUAUAUCGUGCAUUCCAAGACAGUCUUAACGCUUCACGUAAGUGGGAAAGAUGAGUAUGGUGCAAACUAGUAACCUUUCUCAUCAUGCUAAAACUGUUAUAUUUUCUCAAUAAUCUCAUAUAUUGGUUUCACCUACUACAAAAAACAUCCAGAGAGAGGAGUCUAGAUAAACCUGCAGGACAGGUGUUUAAGUUGACAGAAGUGGCACACUGAACAUAGUUUGGAGUCUGUGUGAACAUUGCGAGAGAUUAUUUACCUCUUAAUUGUCUUAUGCAAUAGUUAAAAGAUGGGACAGAGGACCCCUGACAAAUACACCAACUCAGGUACAACUAAAUUUGACAAUUUAAAGAGAAGAUUUUCACCAUGAUGGAAAUGAAGGUGUUUCCAGUAAUAACGGCUCAUUGGGUAGAAAUGUGAUCUAUUUCAUCAAGUAUACCAGACUGUGGGGGGGUGGAGGAGGGGGGCAAAUAGAUUUUCUUCAUAUCUGAAAUCAAUAUUCAGAUUAUCAUAGCUCUCCUGUCUGUUUUUGUAUACUCUAUGAUUGUAACCUCUUUAUAUCCUGCCACUAAAGCUACAUUGACCCUGACUGUUAGGGGUCUAAAAUGCUUGAUAGUAUUUUAUUUCCAAGUUAUUAUUAGCUAUAAGCAUAACUUACUUGCCUCUAUUGUAAGGUAAUGCAGCAUAUUCAACUACCAUGUAUAAUAUCCGUAUCUAAUGCAACAAGCUGCUUUUAAAUGGAUAGACAUCCAUUCCUGUGUCUCAACAAAAGCCAAAGCGAGGCCAAGUUGUAAAACAAGGAAUUUUACAGAAACAAAGGCAAGUGUACUAAACAAUUGCUUAUGGCACAUUAAUGUGCUGCAGUCAAACUGCUUUGAGCGUGUAAAGGCUUUAAGCUGCACAGUAUGAUUAUUUUGGCCUAUCAUCUCAGUUAACAAACAAGAAACAAUGCGGCACUCUGUCAAGGCCCCAUUCUCUGUGCUUUCUCCUAAUGACAUAAAACAAUAAAAUGAA